AUGCCAGAUGAUGUGCGUGAAGGGAAAACUUUUCCCGACAAGCUUAGGACCGUCAAUGGGCCCGACCCGUCGGUAAUGCAUCAAGGCUGGAUCGAUGCCGUCGCAACGCCGAGGAACGAAUCGCCUUGCCCAAAGUAUAUGACCACUUCCGUGGAAUGGAAAAAGCCACUCGGUGAACACCACGUUAUCCACUUGACCCGUAGCUUCGUGCACGCUAGUCAGCUGCAACAGUGGAGUCCGACCCGAGCCAGAGGCGGUCCGUGUGGAAAGCCGACGGGGUUAAUGGGCAUCUGGCCGGUGCUGUACUGCGUCGGCGUGAAACUGCCUGGGCCCGAUGCAACCCUGUUGUAG